AUGACUACGAUGCGACACUGGAGGCUGCUGUUGAGCUGGCUGCUCGUGGGCAGCUGCAUUGCGUUCGCCACGCCCUCCCUGCUGCAGCUCAAGAAGAAGCUGCUCUUCGGACAUGGCGGAGGCGGCGGCGGUUAUGGUGGAGGCGGCGGCGGCGGCGGCUAUGGCUAUGGAGGAGGCGGCGGCUAUCAAGGCGGCGGCGGCUAUCAAGGCGGCGGUGGCUAUCAAGGCGGCGGUGGCUAUCAAGGCGGCGGUGGCUAUGGCCACAAGCAAGCGCCCAGCAUCGAGGUGUAUGUGGUUAAGCAGGUGCCUGUCUAUCACGGCGGCGGUGGAGGCGGCGGCUAUCAGGGCGGCGGCGGCUACCAGGGCGGCGGCAGUCAUCAGGGCGGCGGCGGUUAUCAAGGCGGCGGCGGUCAUCAGGGAGGCGGCGGUUAUCAAGGCGGCGGUGGUCAUCAGGGCGGCGGCGGAGGAGCCGGCUCCUAUGCCAGCAGCAGCGCCAACAGCUACAGCUAUGGAGGAGGAGGAGGCGGCGGCGGCGGAGGCAGCGGUGCCUAUGCCAAGGCUUCAGCCAAUGCCCAUGCGGGCAGCUGGUAA